AUGGAUUCUUCUUCUUCGUAUUUUUCGGCUUUUACAGACCUUCCUUCAUCUAUUGUGGGUAUAACACGUGAGGAGUUCUAUGCUUUUCACAGAAUCGACAGAACCUUAUUCACUCGUCUCGUUUUUGAUCUUAACCGAGACACGAACCAAACGUCUCAAGUGUUAGCUUUUCUCUUUGUGCUCGAGCAAAUCAAGUUCGCUCGCAACUUAACACCGUUUCUCGUCGCAUUACCAGACGCACUCAUCGAGGCUGUGGCUAACGAAGUCGAUGUGUGUCUAAGUAUCUUACACAACCUUGAUUAUUCAACGAUCUUCGUUGCAAACAACGAUGAUGGUUCGGUUAUACCUUUGCUCUUGCGUUUGACUGGAGGCAGGCUUACUCUCAGAUACGUCCUCCAAAACCGCGAAACUCUGCUCCGUGGUGUCAUAAAGAAUAUGAAUGAAAUCUGCAGCCGAGCCUUUGAUGACUUAUGCGCCAAGGCAGAGAUGUUCUACAGGGAGCAAUUGUUGGCGUUAGAGAGGGAGAAGCUUAUUGAAGAGAUGAGCAAUAUCAGGUUAAGUGCUCAACAAGGAUCCCCUAAUAGGUUGAAUGUUCCACAAAGAACCUCUAGUACGCUGAGUGUUCAACAACAAACCCCUAUUAGGUUGAGUGUUCCACAAGGAAUCCCUAAUAGGCAGAGUGUUCAACAAGGAAUCCCUACUAGGCAGAGUUUUCAACAAGGAAGCCCUAGUAGGUUGACUGCUCAGCAAGUAAUCUCAAGUGUUCAACAAGAAAGGGCUCCUGCUCCUACUACACCUCCUCCUGUUCAAGAAGAAACAGAUAUGACCGUCACGGAGGCGGAGGUUGAGAACAUGGUGGUUCAACCAGAUGAUAGGACGGUCUUUCUGACCUUUUCCAAAGGAUAUCCAACUUCGGAAUCAGAAGUCUGGGUUUACUUUACAAGAAAAUUUGGAGAAGUGAUCGAAACCAUUCUAAUGCAAGAAGUCAAAGAUAAUGAACAACCAUUGUUUGCCAGGAUGGUGUUGAAGAUGGAAUGUGCAUCGAAGAUUGAAGAGAUUGUGAGUCCAGGGAAUAAGCAAAAAUUUACUAUUGAUGGCAAACAUGUUUGGGCUCGCAAAUACGUCCGCAAGAACCUUAGUUCUACUGCUUCUCCCUCCUCCUCACAUGUGUGA